GUGUCUUCGGACGUUUAGGCAGAUAGGGAUCAAUAAUUGCACAACUAUUAUUAGUGUUAAACGUUAUUUUGUAUUAUGUAUUCAACACUAGUGUCAUAUGUCGUAACCUAACACCCUGAAAUUUAUAAACAAAGGCUGUAGUAAUGAUUUUGGAAAUCAAAUACAGUUGUGUUUUUUUCAAACAAUUAAUCGCAUAUAAUCAGUGAAUCAGUUAACUUUUAUAAUAGUUAUAGUGAUUUACAUUUAAGAACAAUUGCCUGCGACAAUGAGAGUUAAUACAUGUAGAGUGCUUGUGCGAAAAUGGAAUAUUGGAAUUUUCAUUAAAUUUACAUUAACAUACAUAUGUUUUAUUGUUUUAUGGAAUAUGCUUGGAAAGGGAAUAUUUAAGGUAUGCCUCGACCAAAGUUAUUAUCCAUCACAAAACAAAAUAAGAGAAUGUCAAACGGACACAACAUUCGGUUACUCGGAUAUUCAAGGGGUUUCAGGACCAGUUGACCUCGUUCUUACCUGGGUGAAUGGUUCAGACCCUGCAUUUAUCGAUGAAAUGAUCAGAUUUGACUUACGAAAUAAGAGCUUUAUGCCAAAAAGAUACCGUGACUGGGGAACCUUGCGAUACGCCUUACGAUCAGUGGAGAGAAACGCGGACUGGUUUCGUAAUGUGUAUAUAGUGACCAAUGGUCAAAUCCCGAGAUGGCUGAAUCUAAAAUAUCAUAGAGUUAAGCUUGUGACGCAUACGGAAAUAUUCAAGAAUAAAAGUCAUUUACCCACCUUCAAUUCUCUGGCAAUAGAAAGUCACAUUCAUCGGAUUCCAGGGUUGUCCAAACAUUUCAUUUACAUGAAUGAUGACUUUUUAUUUCUAAAUAAAGUGGAGCUGAAAGAUUUUUAUACAAAAGAGACUGGAUUCAAGAUCCGCUUUACUGAUAUGAAACUAGGAUAUUGCAAUAAAACAUGCAAAAUAUUAAAUAUUAAUAAUGGGAUAUGUGAAGCAGAAUGCAACACAAAACAAUGUGACUGGGAUGGUGGCGACUGUCAGACAACUCGCAGAGCAAACGAAAAACCUUACAACAAUUUGUUGCGAUCCAUGCCGCCUUUUGCAGCUUCUGUUAUCUACACAGCAACUGUUUACAACAAAGCGUUUGGGUCUGUUGAUCGACAAGUUCCAGCGCAUGUACCUUACAUAAUAGACAGAUCUCUAAUGAAUGAGCUACAAGAAAGGUUUCCGGAAGAGUGGGACAAAACUUCAGCGUCUAAAGUUCGUGAUGAACGUAAUUUGAUGUAUGCUUUCGCAUACUACCAUUAUCUUUUGAGACCUCAGGGGCAAAAGCCUGGACAUAAAGUUCUUUUUCCAAUUGCGACGUUAUUGGCGAAUUUUGAAGAUAGUGCCUACCUCGCGACGGGCAAUGCAACGAUGUUGGAACAACAACUCAACAUUGUUUUACGAAGUAAACGAAAGAAGUUUGUAUGUAUAAAUGACCAUUUGGACCUUAACAUCGAAGAACAGAUUCGAACACAAAGAGUUAUAGAUUCAUUCUUCAAAGCUUUAUUUCCAAAGCCGUCAUUAUACGAGCUGCAUUGAUCAUGGACAUAACCUAUAACAAUUUUGACACCAUAAUAAGUCAGGAACCAAUAGGAAAAAAUUGUUAAGCUAGUAUCGUGAUUUGGAUGAACAGUGUCUUAUAUAUGUAUAACUAUGCCAUCUGUAUUUAUCUACUGUUAAAUAAAUGAACUGAAAUAAAUUUCAUUGCGAUUCUUGAUAUGAUAGGAUUGAUAUCUGGUGAACAAAUAGUUAAUGAUACUAUCAAAUAAUAUUUGAUUGGAUUUGGUCCUGUCGCAGACCUUCGGCGUCGCCUGUAUCCCUAUCUGUGCACGUAGCGCCGCUUAAUUACAACGCCGUUUUCAUUUUCAUACAUCGGUUACCCCAUGACUCGUCUCGGCGUCUAUUUGAUCUAUAAAUAUUUGCUCUGCAUAUCCGGUGACUUAUUGUGUUGUCAAAUUUUAUUGGCUUGGGUUCCGAAUGUCUUCAACCAAUCAGGGUUUGCGUUCCAUCUAUAGUUUGAAGAUACAUUUAAACUUAAGCGAUAUCUUUAUGGAAAGUGAGUGUUGUUCUUCUUCAACAACAAAAAAUGAUUCGGAGAUCUUAUUACAGAAAAGUAAUACUAGACAAUAAAUAAAAGGAAAACUCUAUAUAUGGUCUGGAUUGAAAAUUAGCAAUUACGAACCGAUUGUAAAGAAUACCUUACUCGUGAUCUGGAUUUCAUGAUUGUGUUUACAAUACUAGUCUAACUUUAACUAUAAUAUUGAUUUACUGU